AUUGCCUGAGCUAAAAUUAUACAUGUGCGCCAGGACCUACGGGCUGUUCCGCCACAAAAUAAAGAGCGCAGAAACUACAUUUAUGGUGCAAACGUACUCACCUUCUGUCGUUCUGACGGCAUAGCCAACUAUUGCGUGUUGAUAGGACGGAUGCCGAUGCUGAUAGAGCUGUAGAUGACAUGGCGCUCGCAAGGAAUGUGAAUUCCACGUUCUACACACAUACAAAGUGUAAAAUAUCUUUAGUGGUGAUGCGUCUGAUGGCAGGGUUUCAGCAGCAGGGCAGUGGUGUUACGUUGUGUGAGGUGGAGAGUGUUAACAGUUGGCAUCAUGUAGGUCGGCGAUCAUCCCCAGGUCCCAAGUAGAAGUCGUAGAUUGCGCAGUAAGCUGAAUUCUUGAUGAGUCUGCUCCUGUAGUAGGUUUAUUACGUCCUGGAAGGCAUGUCAUAAAAAGUUGGGGCGCCGUUAUGCAGUUCAGUUUGCC